AUGAUAAUGGAAUGGGGACAACUGGUAGCAGACGGCGCGGCCCUUUCGCAUUGGAAGAUGACUACAGAAAAAAGGUUGGUUAGUUUUGGAAUGGUCUCUGUCAGGAAGCUUAGCUUGUUGGGUUGGAGAAGAAAUUUCCAGCUACUUGUUAGCAUGAAAGGAGGAUCUGGAACAGAGAUGUCAGGUGUGGAGCCCAAAUCAGAGUCUCAGUUGUCGAAUCCAUCACCAUCUGGCCGCCUUGUUCUUGGCCCAUGUCCCGCGGAGGAGCAUAGACUUACUAAUGUGGUGAAGUUGGGAAAAGUUGAUAGAUACAAGAGUAGGCAAAUAGAGAAGAAGAGCUGGUGGAGGGAUGGUGGCUAG